GGGAGAAAUGGUUUAGAUAGACAUGCAGAAGGAAGAAGGAACGGUUCAAGAAGGCUCGAUGAAGCACCAGAGCUGCAGGACACACGCUGAUCCGCGGGCCGAGUGAUGGAGGUUCUGUACGGAGAGAGCGGGAGAUCCAGUCCAGUAGCGCCUUCGCGGCUGCCCCACUGACUCAUCAGAUAUCCACCCAUCGCACCAUCACUGCUCGCCCUCGUCCAGCCAUGGAGCAGUCUCCUAAUUCCGCACCAGACGGCCCCGGUGUGCCCACGGAGCCCACGCCGAGCACCACGGCUGUCUCUGAAGUGCACGGUUACAGUAACGAUGAUCUCCCAGAGCUGGAGUGCGCCGUGUGCUUCAGUCAGUUCAACAACGUGUUCAACACGCCCAAAGUGCUGCAGUGUGGCCACACCUUCUGCCUGGAGUGCCUCGCACGCAUAAACGUAAAGUCGUCACAGCCCGAGAGCCUGCAGUGUCCUCUCUGCAGAGCGUACACCCCUCUGCCCAUCCUCGGCCUGCCCAAACUGGCCACGGAUGUGGCGGUGCUGUCCUGCCUGCCCGAGGCCAUGCAGCACGUCUACAGCAUCCGCUUCAAUCGCGACAGAGGCAGGCUGCAGGUGAAGCGCAUUCCCAGCUCCGUACCCGCUUCCCCACACAACCAGCACCACAGCCUGGACCUCGGAACGCCCGUCAGCACCGAGGAGAACCAGGACACGCGGAGGGGCGUGUGCCCUUUCUUCAACCGGCUCAUGCGGAUUCCCACAUGCAGGGCGUUCUUCAUGAUCUCCGGCAUGCUCAUCAUGGUCUCGCUCACCAUCGGCAUCAGCAUCCUCCUUUCAAAAAAGUCACAGUGAGGCAGGGAUUUCAGGGCAGCGGGUCGAUCUGUCCAUAUUAGGAAAUCCCUCACUACAGGUGGAGGAAACGAACCCAGUCUGAAUACAGACAAUCGCGUGCUACGUUUCUGAUCUCAGUGCGUUACGAGCAAGUCGAACAGCCGUGAUACCAUUCCGUAUGUUGAUGCAUUUCCCUUUGAAACUGGAAACAAGUCUGCUGGUCAUCUCUCUCGCUCUGGCUCUCUCUCUCUUUCACACACACGCUCUCUCUAAUAUACGUUGCUAUGUCCAAACGCUUGCUUGUUGUUUCAUAGCUCCAGAAUAACAUGCAGGAAGUCACACAAUCACAGCGACACUAAUGGACCAUGUUUGAUGCUAACUCGCUGCUACUGUAGAGCGAUAUAUUUAGCGAGGUAGAACCUAUGAACUGGUGUCAGCGACUCUCCAGCGGUUCUUCCGCAGCAGCCUGCUUCUCUCUGGAUAAAGCGAGCGAGACCCUGCCACUCUCUGCACUUUCAGGAAGAUGAUCUGUCUCCUCCAGACGGAUUAAAUAUGUCAAACGUGUUUAUAACAACAUGUAUUCCUGUUUUAUCUUCUCUUCCUGUUCUCACUUGAGAUGCUCAGAUUUUGCACUGUUAGCUGCUAAGCAGGCUAACUGUAAACAUGAAUGUUCACCAUUACCAGUCUUAUUAAAGACAGAGAAAACACUACUCACUGGCUUAAUAUCUAAAUUACCAUCAUUCUAGUCCUGCGUUUCUCCAAAACCAGCACGCUAGCUGUCCAAAAACUUACAUUAACUAGCAAGCUAGCUACCUAGCUAGCCAACAAGAUAACAAGAACAAAUAAAAUGGCUUCUGAUUUAGAUGUA